UUUGUCGUCGAAUGUCGUUUCGUCUGGUUCUUGAGAUGGUGAUAAAUGUGUUUUUUGGAUUCAAUAAUUAUCUUAUCUCGUCAUAAAUCUUUUAAAAAGAUUUUGGAUUCUCUUAAACAGUGCGUAUUGUUGAUAUAGGGAAGUGUUUAAAAUGGAUACUUUAAGGUUUUACUUUGUGACAUGGAAUGUAGCAACUAGGUCUCCAGGUCAAGAUCUUAAUUCACUGUUGGAUUUUCCAUCUCAAUUUAAUAAAAACAAACAAUUACCCGACUUUUAUGUGAUUGGUUUACAAGAAGUAAAGUCACAGCCACAGAACAUGUUAAUGGACAGUCUCUUCACUGACCAAUGGACAUCAACAUUCAAUAAAAUCCUGUGUAGACAGGGCUUUAUCAUUGCAAAGAAUAUUCGUUUGCAAGGAAUUAUUCUACUAGUGUACACACAAAUGAAACAUGUCACCCAUCUUAGAGAUAUUGAGGCACAAUACACAAAAACAGGACUGGGUGGAUUAUGGGGUAACAAAGGGGCGGUUAGUGUAAGGUUCAACAUAUAUGGGUGUUCAGUGUGCCUCGUGAACUGUCAUCUCACGGCACAUGAACACUUGCUAGCGGACAGGAUUGCUGAUUAUAAUACCAUAAUCAAAGAGCAUUCAUACCACCUGACAGAAACUUCUAAUAUACUGUAUCAUGACUACGUUUUUUGGAUAGGUGACCUUAACUUCCGCACAGACCAUCCAACCGGUAGUAGUCCAACUUCACAAGAGAUUGUAGCGACACUACAGAAGGUUGAGAAAGACAAAUACACAUCAUUAUUGAAACAUGACCAAUUAUUGGCGGUUAUGGACAGCGGUGAAGCGUUCUCUGAGUUCUCGGAGCCUGAGAUUCGAUUCCCGCCAACUUAUAAGUUCCUCUUGGGCACUGACGACUAUGAUACAAAGAGAAAACCUUCAUGGACGGACAGAAUACUGUACAAGGUGAUAGCAAAUAAUUACGAGAACAUAACGCUGAGAGCGGAUUUGAUAUCUUAUAAUCACAUACCUCAUUAUAUGGUCAGUGACCACAAGCCAGUGGUUGCACAAUUUAACAUCAAGAUCCGCCAGCCUUUCCCACGCACGGUGUUAGCAGACAAGCCGCAGAAAGCAUCGUCUAUACGCAUGCGAUCAGCUCUAGUAAUGCCUCCAGAAACUGUGUCGGCUUUCACUGAAACAAUAAAUGCGGGUAGUUCGAUAGUACGGGAUGGGGACUUUGAAAUGGUUUCGAAUGAUACAGAGAUAGGGGAAGUAGAAAAUAUUGUAGAGGAUGAGACGUUUUCGAAUUAUACGGAGAAAACAGUGGAAUUCGCGCCAAUUUCACGCAUUUGGUACAUCGGUGACGCAGACUUUAGAACGCAAUGCACUUUAUCGCACGAUGUCGAGAUAAACCCCAACGAUUGGAUCGGUAUCUAUGAUGCUGACUUCCACAACCUAGAUGACUAUAUAGCAUACGAAUAUCUUGCCAAAGUGAGUGUGCCACAGGCCGAAAGUACAACGGGGCCGAGAACAAUUACCCUCAGUUUCCCAGUCGGUAGCGGUGUGAGGACUCCGGGAUUCUAUAGGCUUAUUUACUUUAGUCAGCCUAAUAAUGAUGUUAGAAGUGUUUUGGGUAUAUCCGACCCAUUCGAAGUGAGCAGCAAAGAGGACAAAAUGAUAACCCUAGACCCUUGUACCGAAGCGUCUUGUAGUACAUCACCAAGCCGUAAGCCAAUGUCGGCCAACACAGAUGUGUUCACAGACUUCACUGGCCUUGAUGUGGCCAAGCUUUCCCGCCAUUUCUCCAACGACCUCAGCAUUGACUGACUAAAGACCUACUUGCCGGGCUCUCCGGCAAUGAAAAGAAAAGAGAAUUAAUUAAAAUAGACUAUUUCGUAUUUUAGUUUUAUAGCAAAUGCUUAUUUUUAUUGGCGAGUCCGACGUCGCCCCGGUAAGGCGAAAAAUGCGAGUUUGAAUCCCGCCUCGUGAUCGAACUUUGAAGUGAUACUUCUUUAGACGCGUUGAGAAAAAUUUCAAGGUCGCGUCAUGGCAAUACCCCAGUAAGGCGACGAUUAGGGUAUCUUUGAAUCUUGCGAAAGAAGUUUUACUUCUGACACGUGUGCACGGCACACACGCUCUUUUUUUCUUUAAAUUUUUUUAAAUAUAGACUAAUUUGGGUGCAUUUUCAAGGAUGGCAGGUGGCAAUUAUGGGUAUAAUCGAGACCAAUUUUUCGAACAAUAUUGCGUAAGGGACAAUAGCUUGUUGCGUACUUAGUUAAAUGUUAGGAUAGGUUUAGACAAUAUUAGCUUAUGGGUAUUUUGUAGGUUUUAUGACUCGUAAUUAUACUUGUUCGUAUCAAUCUAUGCUUUGGAAGGUGUAUGAAGAUCUAUGCAAAUAGCUUUUUGAAUUCUAUAGGACUUCUAUAGUGAUGCUCAUAGUACAAUAAUGUGUUAGCUAAAUACACAGUUUUUCCCUAUUUAUAAUGCAUAUACUGGGUUAGUCAUAUUUUGUCGUUAUCAAGUGCUCAAGUGGUUUACGCAUUUAAGUAUCAAAAGCAUGAUAAAGUGUUGAUACACAUGUAUUGUCAAUGUUUUGUAUUGUGUGGUAGAAUUUUAAAUAUCAUAUUUGUAAGAAUGUUAUUUACUGUUAUGUAGCUUUGCCAGUAUGGUACAAAAAUAUUUAUAGAAUGACCAUCAAUUCUAGGUUAAUUGGACUUUUUUAGUAAUAAGAAGUAUUGUCAAAAUAAUAUGUUCAGUGUAGUUUUUAGUCAACAGAAUGAACUUACGUGAGUUUGACCGAAAUUAAUGACAAUAUUUUUGCAUAAUAUAUUACGCACUUUUGAGUAAUAAUUAUAUUUAGCAUUAUAUAUGUAUGGCAUUGUAACCGCCGUUUUAGAAUUGAAGCAUUCGCUUGUUGUAUUGUAUGGAAAAAAUAGUAAAUAACAUUAACUUAAGUAUUGCCUCAAAAGCACGAUCCACCUGAGUACAGUAGAUAUUUAAGGUCACAAAUACGUUAUCACAAUUAUAUUGAAAUAAAUAGAACGAGGAUAAACAGACAAAAUAUUGUUUUGUUGUCUGAAUAUAGAGAUGUUGAUUUAUAAUUAUUUAUAAAUAUUUUUUCUUUAUUGACUUUGAAUGUAUCAUCGAAUUAUGGUGAAGACGUUUUAUAUUUAAAUUAUUUAUUUGAUUCUUGCGAUAUUUAAAACCGCUUACAAGCAGCCCAUUUUCCUUAUCUAUUUAAAAUACCACCUGUAUAAAAAAUAAAAACAAAAACAUUUUUGUUAUAGGUAAGUGAAGUUGCUUACUAAUUUUUUUUUGAAUUGAUAAUAAUUUGUAAAACCGGCUACUCACCUACCUGCGGCCUGGGCAAUAUUGGAAUUGGACCUUUAAUUGACUCCUUAAUUGUCAUGUGAGGCAAGCAGGGGCAAUUUAGAGAACAACUGAAAUUGCUCCAACUGCCGACCAACAGAUAUUUUUCCAAUACUGCCCCUGCGGCCGUACGUAGACGGCUUUACACUUUCAACACUCAUAAUCCUGAUACGUCUUUACUAUAAAUUCGAUGACAAAUUUAACCUAUCCCAUGCAAUAUAAAACCUAUUUACAGUGAAAAUAUUAUCUUCUUUAUAUUAUUUUUUAUACUUUUAGUAUAUCUGCUUUAUUUUGGCGGUUGAAGAUAUUUUAUAUUUACUUUAAAGGUUUACAUUGGAAAUAUUAAAUAAUAAUUAAUGACAUAAUUUAAAAUAAUACCAUGACUAUAUUGAGAUUUUUAAUUUUCAUAUACAUACAAUUCAUUCCUGUAGCAUAAUAUGUAGUUGACUUGCCAUGGCUUAAUAGUGAAUUAUAGACAUUUGUGAUUCAUUUAGUACAAUUGUUGAAUUUAGUGUUAAGUUUUCAUUAAAAUAUUAAGGGUUGUGUUGCAAAAUAUAUUAUAUAGAACUAGACUAUUUGCCCGUUCUUUUUAAUAAUGUUAAGUGUAAUUCAAUUAAAAAAAUCAUAUUGACGUGGGUAUUGUUUAUAGACGAAAUACAAGGAGAAUAAGUACAUAGUUUAUUAUAAUAUACUGAAUGUAUAUUUAUUGGUUUUACUAACAGUAUGUGCAAUGUUAGAAACCCUCUAUUUAAUAUGGUGGUUAUACAUUUUUUCGCAUGUUAUUCAAAUUUACAAAUAAAAGACGAAUCGAAAAUAAUAAAAGUUAUUUUAUUAGAAUUGUUAUUUAUUAUUUAUAAAUAUUAACCCCAUUGUAUGAGGUAGUCAUUAGUCACAAAUUUAUAUAAUAGGUACGACGUAUUAAAAAAAAAUAUCUUCACAAAUUGUUAGAUAUAUCACUUUAUGUACUUAACAUUAUGGUUCAGCUAAUAUUUCUAUAAACAUUUACCUAUGCAAUUAUAUUUCUUAGUAAUUAAUUGUUAUUCGGCGUGCAAUUUGUAUUAAAGGAUGGUCCCGGUAGGGGCACAGUCCUAUUGCCACAUGGUGAAGCGUUCAUUAUUCUAUAGAAGCUUUCCCAGAAUUGGAACGUAUAGUUUUUCAGAAGUCUAUUAUGUAAAUGUUACACGUACCUUGUUAUAACAUCAUGACGUUAACAAAAAAAAAGUAUUUUAAAGUGAAACUUUUAUUACAUCGUCUCAAACUUUUUGGUCUGUGUAGCGCGUGUCGCGUGACGCACGAUACGUACGAUAAUUAUCGUACAAAUACGAUCAUUUUUAGUUAAAUGUCUAUAGUGUGAAAAAAAGUUUCAUUUUUACCGUGGUUUCAUAAAACCACACAACAUUUUUUUUUUACAUUGAUUGCGUCUGAAAAUUUGUACGUUCUAUUGCUUGUAUUUUCUGGGAUAGCCUAUUUAUAAUAAAUUAUAAUAUGUAUGCGACAUUGCUUUUGAUGUUAUAUCAUUAGUGGAUAAAUAAAACUUAGAAGACAUGAAUUAGGGGAGAUUUUAGAAAUUAUGUACCUAUUUGUUAUUUAUACAUAGGUGCUGUUUCUGUAAUUCUCGUUUUACAUUAAUUUCAUUCAUAAUGUUGUGUAUGAUUCUUGUAAUAAAAUUGCCUUACGUUUUUUUGAAGUGAAACUUCUUUAGGUGCGUUGAGAGUAAAAUUUCAAGGUUGCGUCAUGGCAAUACCGUCACGUCACCCGUGUAGCCACCGACCGUGGAGUAAGGCGACAAUUUUUGUAUCUUUGAAUCUUGUCAAAGAAGUUUCACUUUUGACACGUAUCCUCGGCACUCACUGUUUUUUUUUUACUUAUCAUGAGUUAUUACUCACCAGUUGUAUACGUAGUAUAUUAUUAUUAGUCUGUGCUCACCAGUACCUAUUAUCACUUGCUCUGUAUAAACUGUUAAAUGUGUAAUAUUGCCAUAAAAUUAAAAUUAGGAGGGAUGUGGAUAUCCUAUAGGACGGGUACGGACGUUUCUUAUAGAAAAUAUAUAUUUUUUAAUAA